CAGGCGAACGGAGGCCGGACACCCCUGUUUCGGCCGCCUUGUCCAAGAAAAACAAUGCAACUUCUUUCCCUACUUGCACUCCAAGCAUACCCUUAAUUACUCGCCGAUUCCUGCAGCGGCAGGACUAUAUAUACACGGCUCGCCUCGCCUUCGUUCCUCACCAAAAUCUACAACCAACGAACUGCAAAGCAGAGACAGCGACAGAGAUCCAUCUUCUUUCUCUUCGAGUUCUUGGAGCUAGCGACCGACAGGGACAGCGAUGGCGACCGCCGGGAAGGUGAUCAAGUGCAAAGCGGCGGUGGCAUGGGAGGCCGGGAAGCCGCUGUCGAUCGAGGAGGUGGAGGUGGCGCCGCCGCAGGCCAUGGAGGUGCGCGUCAAGAUCCUCUACACCGCCCUCUGCCACACCGACGUCUACUUCUGGGAAGCCAAGGGGCAAACUCCGGUUUUCCCUAGGAUCUUGGGCCAUGAAGCUGGAGGCAUUGUUGAAAGUGUCGGAGAGGGUGUGACGGAGCUAGUGCCGGGCGACCAUGUCCUCCCGGUGUUCACCGGCGAGUGCAAAGACUGUGCCCACUGCAAGUCAGAGGAGAGCAACCUUUGUGACCUCCUUAGGAUCAACGUGGAUCGUGGCGUGAUGAUCGGGGAUGGGCAGUCACGCUUCACCAUCAACGGGAAACCCAUCUUCCACUUUGUCGGGACCUCCACCUUCAGUGAGUACACCGUCAUUCAUGUCGGUUGCCUCGCCAAGAUCAACCCUGAGGCGCCCCUUGACAAAGUUUGUGUUCUCAGCUGUGGUAUCUCAACUGGACUUGGUGCUACCCUCAAUGUCGCGAAACCGAAAAAGGGUUCCACGGUGGCCAUAUUCGGUCUUGGAGCUGUAGGCCUUGCUGCCAUGGAAGGGGCCAAGAUGGCUGGGGCAGCAAGGAUCAUUGGUGUGGAUUUGAACCCUGCAAAAUACGAACAAGGUACGAUCUGCCUCAGGCAAAACAAGGAUAUCUUGGUAAAUAUUGUUGGAUGGAACACUGAACAUCCUGUCCAUUAUUUUUCAGCUAAGAAAUUUGGAUGCACUGACUUUGUGAACCCAAAGGACCACACCAAGCCAGUGCAAGAGGUGCUUGUCGAGAUGACCAAUGGCGGAGUCGACCGUGCGGUUGAGUGUACUGGCCACAUCGACGCCAUGAUCGCCGCCUUCGAAUGUGUCCAUGAUGGGUGGGGCGUGGCGGUGCUGGUGGGCGUCCCACACAAGGAGGCGGUGUUCAAGACAAGCCCGAUGAACUUGCUCAACGAGAGGACCCUGAAGGGCACCUUCUUCGGCAACUACAAGCCGCGGACCGACCUCCCGGAAGUCGUGGAGAUGUACAUGAGGAAGGAGCUGGACGUGGAGAAGUUCAUCACCCACAGCGUGCCCUUCUCGCAGAUCAACACGGCGUUCGACCUCAUGCUCAAGGGGGAGGGCCUGCGCUGCGUCAUGAGGAUGGACGAGUAGAUCGCUUCUUAUCCAUCGUUUUAACAUUUGGUGCUUGAGAAGCACAGGCAAUUUUUUUUAGAAAACCUCCGUCGGGUAAUAAUCGUGUGUGCUAGUCGUGAGAUGUGCAUGUUCAUCUCUAUGCUCUUUGUUUAGUGUUCACGGUUUGGUCUUUGGUUUCAUUGUGUCUAUCGGCAGCUUUCAGUUGGCAUGUAAAUUACUAUUAAUAAUUGUGUCCCAACAGUAAUACUAGCGUGCAAUUUCUGUGUUAACAUUGGCGUCUUCCGUUGCAAA